AUGGCUUUUUAUGGUUGUAUUUUUCUUAGCAAUGCUGUUACCCACAUUGUGGCAGAGGGCAAUUCUCCAGAUGAGCUUUGGAAGUGGCUGCAAGACAGAAAUGUAAAGGAUAUGACAGAUGUAGCUGUUGUAGAUAUUUCAUGGUUUACUGAGAGUAUGAGAGCUGGCACCCCUGUAAGUGUAGAAUCACGACAUCGUCUUGUGGUAGAAGAUUCCAGGAUUAUAAAAGACUGUAGUGCAGGGCUGGGCAGCAGUGGAACAAUUUCUCAGUAUGCUUGCCAAAGGAAGACCACUUUGAAGAACUGCAAUAAAAUAUUCACGGAUGCAUUUGAUGUCUUGGCUGAACAUUUUGAGUUUAAUGAGAACAAAGGACACUGCCUGGCAUUUAUGCGAGCCUCCUCUGUGUUAAAAUCUCUCUCUUACACCAUUCGUAACUACAGAGACUUAGAAGGCUUAGCAUGCUUGGGACCACAAACAAAAGCUGUCAUUCAGGAAAUCCUUGAAUAUGGCAAUUCUUUGAAAGUUCAAGAUGUGUUAAUGGAUGAAAGAUAUAAAACAAUUAAGCUUUUUACAAGCAUAUUUGGAGUGGGGCUGAAGACAGCUGAAAAAUGGUAUCGAAAAGGACUACGCUCACUUGAUGAAGUGAAAGCUGACACAAGCCUGAGAUUCACAAAAAUGCAGAAAGCAGGCCUGCUCUACUAUGAUGACAUCAUAAGUUCAGUUAGUUGGGAAGAAGCGAAGGCUGUGGGUCAGAUUGUGAAGGACGCAUGCCGAAGAUUUGAUCCAGAUGCUGCUGUGGUAAUUACUGGUGGAUUUAGAAGGGGCAAGGAGUUUGGUCAUGAUGUGGAUUUCAUAAUCACAACUCCUAAGAAUGGAAAAGAAGUUGGUCUCUUGCAAAAAGUUCUAAGUGAACUUACAUAUCAGGGCAUCCUUCUCUACUAUGACGUCAUUGACUCAACUUUUGAUAACGCUCAAAUACCUAGCAAGAUGUUUGAAGCAAUGGAUCACUUUGAAAAGUGUUUUGCUAUCCUAAAAUUAAAGAAAGAACUUGUUAGUUCCAAGCAAUCCGAGAAGGACAUAAAUGGCAAAGACUGGAAAGCCAUUCGAGUGGAUCUGGUUAUUCCUCCAAUGAACUGCUAUGCUUUUGCACUCCUAGGAUGGUCUGGUUCCCGGCAAUUUGAACGUGACCUGAGAAGGUAUGCCAAUGUGGAAAAGAAAAUGCUUCUGGAUAAUCAUGGACUUUAUGACAAGACAACGGGAAAGUUUUUAUCUGCCAAGACUGAAGAAGACAUCUUUGCUCAUUUGGGCCUGGAAUACUUGGAUCCAUCAGAAAGAAAUGCAUGAAUAAAGCUUCCCCAUUGAUCUAUCCCAAUGUGCUACAAAGAUUGACGUUUGUAAAUUAACAAUGUUCUUUAGGUUUGCUUAGCCAUUCCCUGCCUUGUAUACUUAAAAUAUAAAAGGAUCGGCUUUUGUUUCCCCCUCUUUGUUAUUCUUGAUUUAAUGGCACUUAACUGCAUUCAGAAAAGUAGGUGUAUAUUUUUAGCAGUGCUUUGUAUGUUGCUUCUAAAAUCCAAAACAUUAUUUCUUUGCAUUAUAAAUUAUUUCUAUUUGAGCCUUUGACUUCUCUGAUGUUAAUUUGAAUUGCUUUGUUACUGUACUCUUUAUAUUUAUCAUUAUAUACUGUACAAUUUCUUUUAUUUAUUUUUUAAGGUUAAUUGCUUUGUAAAGUAGCUUGUGGAAACGCUUCUAAGCAUUCUAUAUAAUAUAAAAAUGAUUAAUAUUGUAUUGCUGUAAAGAAACACAUGGCCACUAGUCAGGGGUAAAAAAUACUGUUAGUGUUUGUUGUUGUUAAUGCCUUCCAAGGCCCAAUAAUUGUUUGAAUUACUAGUGCCUAGGUAGAGGUUUAUGCUAGACAGCUACUUGGAGCAAAUAACCCAACAUUAAUCUGCUGUGACCAUGACCAGUGGACCACACUAUUGUGAGUUUGUUUUUUAACAGUAACUAGCUUUGUAAAUUUAAAAAUUCAUCCAAAUUCUCAAGGCAUGAGUACUAAUGAGGCUUUACUGUCAAGGUUUAAGAACAUGAUGUCCCAUGUGAAACCCUGAAUAUCUUCUUGAGCUUUUUUCUCAGGUAUUUACUGUAUACCUAAUACACAUGAGAACCUUGUUGGGAUAGAAAGCUUAUUCUCAUUAACGAGAACUCAAAAUGUGUACUUUCUAUCCAACCUUUUGAACACAGAAGGGAUUCAAGAAUUACACUGAUCCACCACAAACAGGUAGAAGAACUUGGAGACUUCUGGAAUUUAUGGGUAGACUUUGACAUUGAAAGCAGAUGCCUCAUAAUUUUGGACACUUUUCAAUUUUUCUUCUGCUCUGCUACCAUUAUAUUUUUGCAUGGUUGCUGCCAUUUUGUAAAGCUGUACAAUAGAAAGCAGCAGUAUGCUACCCAAAAGUCACAGAUUGAAGAAGUCAUCAAAAGGACAGUAUUUAGUUCGGUGCAAUGUUUGCAGAGAUUUUCAAAAACUUUUCAGGGCAAAGACUUUUUUUCUGACUUAGAUUUUGGUUCUGUUUUGGAUUAGGUAGUUCAUAUGUUCUUUCUCCCGCUUUUGACAUUAGCUCUUCAUUUCAAGUCUAGCCCAUCUUCCAGUUCUCUUUUUCAUUCUGUCCUGUCAUUUUCCGUCCAUGCAGAACAAAAUAUAGAAUGGAAUAUAAAAUAUAAAAGAUCAUCCUGUUUCUCAAGAUGACUGAGUUAUUAAGCUAAAGGGCUAUAGCUAGAUGAUAAAAGGAAGAGCAGCUAGAUGGAGACUGCUAAAGAUAAAAUGGAAAAGGCAGUAGAGGUACCAUUAAUAGGUUUAUAGAGUCAUUAUUGUCACCUAUACAGGGUACAGUGAAAAAUUUACUUGUAUUUGCUAAUCAAUAUACAACAUGUUGCCACUUUCUGGCAUUAUGAUCAGUGAGCAAAAAAGACUUCCCUCAAAACCACUGUCUCUCUUACCUGAAAAAAAUCUCAGAAUUUUAUCAGCAUUAUAGGGGAGUAUUCCAGUAUAAUAUGAAUUAGCCGAAUGAAAGGGGAUAAUGAUCAAGUCAUGACCUAAUAUCUGUUCAAGGUACUCCUGUGCAUGAAGUGUUAAUGAUUUAUUGUUUCUCCUUUACCGCAAUUAAGUCCCAUUGCAGCACUAAUAGCACAUGAUUAACAUACUUACUGUAUGUUAUGAAAACAAAAAGUUUACUUCACAUGAAGAAGCACAGUCUACAGCGGUGAUUCCCAACGUGAGGUGCACGCCCCACUGGGGGGCAAUUUGAUUUUUUAUGGGGGCAAUUUGAGAAUUUAGGUACGUUAAACAAUUUUUAAAAUGAAAAAACAGAAAUUCACUGUUAAAAAUGAUAGAAAAAUAUAAACAAAUUAUUUUUAUUUUUUACAGAGACAUUUAUAUAUUUAUAUAAACAUAAAAGGGAUGGUGAAGAACCCCUUAAUUUAUGAUUUUACAGCCAGCUUGGGUUUUUAUACUUAGAAAUAAUAUGGAUUGUAACAAUAAUUAUAACAUUUUGCAAUAUAACAAAAGUAUAAACUGAUCAAAAUAUUACAGAAAAAAACUGUCAUUAAAGUUAUUUUAUGUUUAUGAAUAUCACAUCUCUUAUUAUAUGUUUUCAAAACGUUACCUCUUUUGUUUCCACGUUCUUUGGAAGCUUGUUUAGACCAAAUUAAUGACAUUAUGGUCUUCCUCCACGUGAGUAGGAGUUCACUUUUUGAAUAGGUAAUAAUAAGAAUGAGGUAUACUGUAUGUUACAGUGGGGGACAUCAUGAUUUUAGAGAGGCCUAGGUGGGGCAUGGCCAAAAAAGGUUAGGAACCACUGGUCUAGAGCAACAUCAGUCCUUGAGGGUCACAGUGGCUGCAGGUUUUUGUUCCAACCCAGUUGCCUAAUUAGAUAACAAUCCUUGCCCAUUACAGAUCUUAUUUAAUUUCAUGGAAUAUUAGUGUUUUAACUCUACAAUGAUCAGGUCAUUCCUACUUUCUAGAUUGUUUCCAUUCUAAGGAAGUCAUUCAAAAGAUCUGAAGCUUAAAACGGACAAAUAAUUUUCAGUCGUCCGCUUUUUUCUCUUCAGUGUUUUAUUAAAUUAAAUAGUGCAUGAUAAAUACACAGAGGUGUGAACAGACACAAGUUAAAUAGAGAACUGCCGAUUCAUUUGUCAUUUGCACCUUACUGCUAAUAAGGAGCAAUUAAAAACAAGGAAUGUGGCUUUUUAAAACUAAAAUGAGCAAUUAAGGGUUCGACAUCUUAACAAGCGAGACAAGUAAAUUGAAGCAGAAAAAUGUCAAUUAAGUAAUAAGUGUUUCAUCAGCUAUAAUUGGCUUCUCAUUUAGCAACUGGGUUGGAACAAAAACCACUGUGGCCCUCCAGGACUGAUGCUGCUCACCACUGGUCUAGAGUAUUCUCUUCUACCUCUAGAAGUGAGAAGAGGGCAUCUAUCUGAAUUAACAUUAUUUCAUUACAAAUAAAAAAUAUACAUGAACGUUUUAGAAAUUUGAUUAAUUAUGACUUUAGAAUACAAAUAUUUAAUGGUUGAAUGAAUAGGCAUAUUCAAUAAAAAGAACCAAUAAUGAACAGCAGUUAAUAUGAUAGCUUUAAUAUUAUUAAGAAACGUUCCAGACACAGUAUACAGCAGCGUUUCUCAACCUUUAAGUAUUUGCCACCCAAGUUUUCAUAACAGUUUUAAUCGUGCCCCCCCUAACGUUUUUUUGAAAGGAGCCCACUAAUACCAAUUUGUUCUUUUUUAAUUAAUGAUAUUUCAUAGAUGCAUAUUUUAUUAUACCCACUUAACUUUUAUCGACAUUUAGCGAACUCUAUAUUUAUUUUUCUAGUAUCAGAAUAUAGUUUAAGUUAAUUUGUUUUGGUUUCAAUAGAUGUAUUUUUCAUAUUUUUGAUUCUUGUUUUCUUUUUUUCACAUCUUUGCACCCCCUUUUUUGUUACUUCUUAGUUCUUAGUUUGAGAACCGCUGGUACCUGUACAUUUAGAUGUACUCUGAAGUCCAAGAACUUAUCAACAUACAUGAUACUCUAGUCUUGUAAAUUAACACCAGUCUGCAGGGGUCAUUCAGAUGGGUUUGUAGUAAGUGAUUACAUUGUCAAAUGUCUUAGGUCUUUUUUUAACUUCAUAAUUACUAAUAUGAAUAUGUGUGUGUGCGGUUUUAGUUCAAGUUUAUUUGGAAAUAUUAUUUGUGAUGUUCCCAUUCCAGUACAUUUUAACGGAACUCUGAAGGAGCACAAAUCCUUCCAUUUGAUACCAUGUCUAUGAAUGAAUUGAAAAUUUUGGACUUUUUAUAUAAUUUAUUGUUAGUUCUGUAGGAUUUACUAACACAGUGGUGGUUACAAAAACUUUCCGGCGUAGAAUAUGUUCAAGAAUUUCAAUAGGUGAAUGAGGAUAAAAAUCCUAUGAUGGACUGAAUGUACUCGAGACUGUGUGCUUUCUAUUUAUUUCUAACUUCCAUCCAUCCAUCCAUUAUCCAACCUUCUAUAUCCUAACUACAGGGUCGUGGAGCCAAUCCCAGCCAACACAGGGCACAAGGCAGGAAACAAACCCCAGGCAGGGCGCCAGCCCACCGCAAGGCGCGCACACACACACACACACACACACACACACCAAGGACAAUUUAGAAUCGGCAAUACACCUAACCUGCAUGUCUUUGGACUGUGGGAGGAAACCAGAGUACCUGGAGGAAACCCAUGCAGACACAGGGAGAACAUGCCAACUCCACGCAGGGAGGACUCCUAACUGCGAGGCAGCAGCGCUACCCACUGCGCCACCGUGCCAGUUAUUUCUAAGACUAGUAAAACAGAAAUGACCCACAUUACCACAGUAAAAGCAACACCCCUCUUUAAUCCUUUUAUUACACUCUGAUGUCAA